AUGGCCGCCCUUGCCCACUCAGAACAAGCUCAGGCGCAGAAGGCACAGCGCGUUCACACUCCGCAAUGGAUUUCCCUCGUAGCUGGAGGAAUUGCGGGUGGAGUGGAAGCAGCUAUCACGUACCCAUUCGAAUAUUCAAAGACACGAGUCCAAUUACUGGAUAACGGCGCCGUUCGGACGUCUAAUCCCUUUCGUCUCAUCUUCCAAGUUGCCAAGCUGGAAGGUGUCGGUGCUUUAUACAAGGGAUGCUCGACCCUGGUUAUCGGAACCACGGUCAAAGCUGCGGUCAGAUUUGUGUCAUAUGACACAAUCCGCAAUGCUGUUGCCGACGAUCGUGGGGUGCUCUCACCUGGUCGCGGCAUGCUAGCGGGAAUGAUUGCAGGGGCAGUAGAGAGUGUAUUAGCAGUGACACCAACCGAAAGAAUCAAAACUGCCCUAAUCGACGACGCGAAAGGGGCUCGCCAAUUCAGAUCCAGCUUCCACGCGACUCAAAUAUUGGUACAACGACAUGGUAUUACUGAACUCUAUCGAGGUCUUUUGUCUACUGCGAUGAAGCAAUCCGCCACCUCUGCAGUCCGUAUGGGGACAUACAAUAUGCUCAAAGAGGCCAUCAAGGCAAAGGGCAUCAAGACAAACGUGUUCACAACGUUUGGGAUCGGUGCCGUGGCAGGCGUGGUGACCGUCUAUGCUACGCAGCCCUUUGAUACAAUCAAGACACGAGCACAGGGCGUUCAGGGAGCCGGCAUUGUGGAGGCCUCCCGGAGCGUGAUUCGCGAUUACGGGGUCCGGGGAUUCUGGAAAGGCAGUUCCAUGCGACUGGGACGACUUCUUUUGAGCGGUGGCAUCGUGUUCUCUAUCUACGAAGAGGUCUCAGCCAUUCUGUCUCUUGGGAUACAAAGAUAA